CGAAUCCCUCUAGCCCUUUCUUUAUAGCUUCAGAUAGCUCCAAACUCCCUUCGCUUCGCACCCUUUGCUCCUCCAGUCUCGUCGUCACUUCUCCAUACCCGCUCUCACAGGCAUAAUCUCCCCACAUUGCUCCCGAAUUUUGGCAUAAUCACCUGGAAACCUAGUACAUAAUGGCUGAAUCGACAGGUCGUCCAAGAGUUUACUUCGACAUUUCAAUUGGAAACAGGCAGGAAGGCCGUGUUGUGUUCGAACUGUUUAAUGAUGUUGUCCCAAAGACCGCUGAGAAUUUCCGUGCCCUUUGCACCGGAGAAAAGGGAAUGGGAAAGCAGGGGAAGCCUUUGAGCUAUAAUGGAUCCAUCUUUCACCGCGUAAUCAAGCAGUUCAUGAUUCAAGGUGGUGACUUCACUGAAUUCAACGGAACUGGGGGCGAGUCGAUCUACGGCGAGAAGUUUGAUGACGAGAAUUUCGACCUGAAACAUGACCGCCCGUUCCUGUUGUCGAUGGCCAACUCUGGUCCCGGCACCAAUGGCAGCCAGUUUUUCGUGACCACCGUCCCAACUCCCCACCUUGACGGAAAGCAUGUUGUAUUUGGAGAGGUGAUCAAUGGCCGAAGCAUUGUGCGCAAGAUUGAGUCACAAAAGACCAAUCCAAACGACAAACCUCUCAUGGAUGUUAAAGUUACUGAUUGCGGCGAACUUACUGGGGAUGACUACAAGAACGCCACGCAGCGUUCUGUUGACACUACUGGUGAUACAUAUGAGGAUUACCCUGAAGACAUCACAGAAGAGUUAUCCUUGGCUCAGUAUUACAAGAUUGCUGUCGAUCUCAAGGAGUUCGGAAAUAAGGCUUUCAAAGCCGGUGAUGUCGAGCUUGGUCUAGAGAAGUAUCAGAAGGGAAUCCGCUAUCUCAACGAGGCUCCGGAGCCGUCCGAUUCUGACGCAAAAGAACUUCCAUCACAAAUUGCAGCAUUAAGAUUCACAUUGAAUUCUAAUUCCGCGCUCCUUGCCAACAAACUCAAGCGUUUCGCCGACGGUCGUUCUUGGGCUGGCUACGCUAUCAACACCGCGAAGGAUGCUGACGCCAAGGAUGCUGAUAAGGCGAAAGCCCACUACCGACGUGCUAUCGCUAGCUGCGGAUUGAAAGAAGAGGAAGAGGCAAUUAAGGAUCUACAAGAGGCGUUGGAGCUCGCGCCUAAUGAUGCCGCCAUCAUUAACGAAAUCGCUCGGGUUAAGAAACACAUCGCAGAGCAGGAUCGCAAACAGAGAGCUGCAGUCAAGAAGUUCUUCUCUUGAAUGUGGCUCCAUUGCUAAAAUCUUUCUUAUGGAUACCUUCUGCCGUGACUCUUGUCUCUCCCCGGGAUUAGCACUCUAGAGCAGAUGGUCUCGAUCCGAGCUUCUCGGUUCGCUCAAUUAUUCACGGAGUAGAAUGGAGUAGGUGUUAUAAAUCUGGCCUCGGAAAUUACAUGGUAAUCUGCGUUAUCCUCCAAUGGACCGCUUUCAGAGAGCGUAAGCAACGGAAAGCAUAGAAAUCUCAAAUUACAAUCUUAACUCGAGUGACUCGAUAUAAAUCAUGGAUCAACCACAUCAAUCAUUUAAAAAAAAAAAAGAAUUAUAAGAAUAAAUAAAGCAAAUACAGCUAGCCACUCUGUGCUUUACGCUUUAUGAUCACUUGCGAAUGCACAGCUGCCCAUGUUCCUUUUCUGGGCUGGCACUUCCGGCCUGAUAUCGAAAUCGAAAAUAUCCAUCGGCAAGCCUAGCGUUGUACACGCGUUCGGAACAUCAACCAGGCCGGCAAUAUGCCCCUGAACCGGCGCGCAGCUCAAGAGAAGGUACACUUGGUAAUCGUUAUACCCAUACCGUCUUAGGUACUCAAUGACCCGACGACAGGUCUCCCGAUAUGCCACCGUCGCGUCUAGGUAAUGCUGCUUUCCGUUAUGAUCAACAGAGAAACCCUCAAAUGUGAGAUACCGACCGGGUCCAAAUUGAGGCUCCACAGGCCCCUGGUGGAAGAGCGGUGAUUUCAUGCCUAUCUGCUCCAUGCCGUUUUUGAUCACGUUGAAUUUAAUCGUGAUUACUCCUGCCAUUUCGAUGGCGCCGCAGAAGGAGAUCUCACCAUCACCUUGAGAGAAAUGGAGAUCACCGACGGAGAAUUUGGCGCCGGGAACGUGCACGGGGAGAUAGACCUUGGAACCACGACUGAGAUUUUUAAUGUCGCAGUUUCCGCCAUGU